GCGUGAGUGACAGGUGUAUGCCGUAACAGAUUAGGUUCCGUAACCUGGUGCGAGCUUCACAAACUUUCUCCCGCACGCGCCACGUCGUCACACGCGGAUCACUUGCUGUCAGAAAUCAUGUCGCAGUCGUUUCGGUUUCCCAUGAUCCUAAGGUAGCCCAAGCCAAGGGGAUUCAUCCAAACGCAGUCAAAAGAUGGACGACAACAUUGUGCCUGAGGCAGAGCACCUGGCGAUAGUUUUAAGAAAACUCCAAGAAGUGUUUGACGUGUGUGAUGAGGACUGUGACGGGUGGAUCCGGGUAGAGCACUUCGUUGACCUGGGCUCUCAGUUUGGACGAGGAGAGGAGGUGAAGAGGUUGGCCAAACAGUUGGAUCCCCAUUCUAACGGGAGGAUAAACUUCAAAGACUUCUGCCACGGGGUGCUGGCCAUCAAUGGUUAUGAGCAGAAUCUCCAGUUUCUGCCAGGAGCAGAAUGGAUGACUCACCGUCAGUACAUGGUGGACAUCAAUCCCAUCAAUCAGUGCGGUGAGGAGUCGCGGGCGCGUCCCAUCAUCAUGUGCACGCGGGCCAGUGCUGACACCGCCACAGAGGGUCGGCUCUGCUCCCGGGACGAGGAGGAGCUGGAGGAGGAGAGGGAGUCGGACAGGGACAGCGCGGUGGGGAGCACCCAGGGGUCAGACAGCUCCGAGGGGCCGGCCCGGCCGGGGGACAAGGAGGACUCCCUGGGGGAGCUCUUCAUCCCCACGCACAAGCGAGGUAACACCAGCACUUCAGUGACCUCUGACCUGUCGACCCGGUCCUCUGCCUCUCUGUACGAGGAGCAGUUUGAGGACUACGGCGUGGGGGAAGAGCCAGACUACACUCCCAGCAGCCCCAGCGCUGAAGACGAGAGCCGCACCCACAUCUACUCCGACCUGGGAUCCUCUGUCCCUUCCAGUGCGGGCCAAACUCCUCGCAAGGUGCGUCACCUGUGCCCGGGAGACCAGAUGGACGUCUACUGCUCCCAGUGCUGCAAGAAGGUCAACCUGCUGAACGACCUGGAUGCAAGGCUGAAGAACCUAAAAUCCAACAGCCCCAAUCGGAAAAUCUCCAGCACUGCCUUUGGAAGGCAGCUGCUCCAACACAGCAACUUGAGCAGUAGCCACGGCAGCACAGAAGACUUGUUCAGGGAUAGCAUUGACUCCUGUGAUUUGGACAUCAAUGAGAAGGUGGGUUUCCUUGAGAAGAAGGUGGCAGAGCUGGAGAAUGACAGUCUGCUGAGCGGCGAUCUCAAGUCCAAACUCAAACAGGAGAACACACAGCUGGUACACAGGGUGAACGAGCUAGAGGAGCAGCUGAAGGACCAGGAGGCGCAGGCAGAGCUCAACAUGGAGGAGGAGGGGAGGCGCCACCGGGAGGCCUUCAGCAAGAUGGAGAGGGACACCAACACACACAUAGAGCUGCUGAAUAACCGAGUCCAGCAGCUGGAGGAGGAGAACAGCCACAUGUCCAGUGGCAUGUGUCGGCUCAAGAGCCAGACGGAGAAACUGGACGAGGAGAAGCAGCGGAUGACAGACAAGCUGGAGGACACCAGCCUGCGUCUGAAGGAUGAGAUGGACCUGUACAGGAAGAUGAUGGACAAGCUGAGGCAGAACAGACACCAGUUCCAGAAGGAGAAGGAGGCCAUGCAGGAGCUGAUCGAGGACCUGCGGCGGGAGCUGGAGCACCUGCAGCUGUACCAGCUGGAGACGGAGAGGCCCGGCGGGCGUGGCUCCGCCUCCGGCCUGGUCGACUUCACCAGCCGGACCCGCGAGGUGGAGCUGGAGCACGAGGUCAAGAGGCUGAAGCAGGGCUUUCUCAACACUGAAUUCCAGCAUCUGACUUUGGCCAGGGCUUGGCUCCUCACUGGCCCGAUGGAGAACCAGAGGCUGAGGGAGCAGAGUGAGGAGUUAAACGGACAGCUCCUCAGCCUGAGUCUCUUUGAGGCCAAGAGUCUGUUUGCAUCACAGAGCAAGGCCCAGUCCCUCGCUGCUGAGAUCGACAACGCAUCCAGAGACCAGCUCAUAAAGGCCAUAAAGGAACAGGAGGACAUCAACUUCCGUCUGCGGCAGUACAUGGACAAGAUCAUUCUGUCCAUCCUGGACCACAACCCCUCCAUCUUGGAGAUCAAGAAGUAGCAGCCUCUCACCUGGGCUGAGGAAUCACCUGGUGACGGGUUGCUAGGAUACUCGUCAUUCCACUUGUAGAAUGAACAGACACGGCAAUCCCUUGGGAGGUCGCUUUAGGGAUUUUAAGGAACUGGAGUUUUUCCCAGUGAACUGUAGAAGAGAAAAGAUUGAAAUAGACACGUGUCGCCCUCUGCUGUUGAAGGUGGGAAAAGAAGAAAAUGCCUGUGUGUUUUAUACCGGUAUUUCGGAAAAGGUAUUGACAAGGGGGAUUUCUCCACUUAGCAAUAGGAGCGGGCCAGUUUCAUACUCUGACAAACUGUCUUAAUACUGUGACUCAUCAAUACUUGCACCUGCUAUUUCUAUUUCUAUCAAAAUCAUUCUCUGCAGUUGGCAAUAACCUAUUAGCCUAGAUCUCAUAACAUAAUACUGGAUAAUUUUGUUCUGUGAAAUAUCCUUAUCUCGAAACACGAGGGCUGGCUUGACAGCUGGAACAACCUAACAAACAUAUUUUAUGAGGAACAUAGAAGGCAGUGAGUUAUCGACAAAUGAAAGAUCAUCACAUUGAGAUAGCCGAUCAGUUAGGAGGUAGCGUGACCCCCUAGCUGACCUCCCACAUGUGACCUUCAGGUGAUCUCCGGAGGACAGACUAGGUAGGUUGAUCAAGGAUGCCGAUAGGUACGUGAUUUAUUGAAGGAAAUAAAAAAUAUUGAGAAAGGAGAUGAAACCAAUGGGAUGGGGUGAGUUCAGAGAAAUGCACAAGAAAAAUCAGGGUGGAGGUAGAUGGAUUAGUGUCUUAAAGUCUUGCUUUGUUUUUGUUUUCCUGUUGUUUUUUGAGUGUCUUCCAGAAGCUUCUAUAGGCUCUUGCGCUAUCAAUCAACUGAAAGGGUGAAUUGAGUUUUGGCUAAGACCUCAGGGUUCUUUGCUUAGAACUUACUGUUCUUAACUAAGAACCUGGUGUUCUUAGCUUAGAACUUAGUGUUCUUUGCUAAAAACUUGGUGUUAGCCAACCGGAAAUGUUGGUAAACAGACACACAAACAGUCACUUUAAGAAGGGGAGAUGCACCACAGAAGGCGUCUUGGCGCUGUUGGGGGGAAGUGGUGGUCACAUUGUAUGCUGUAAAGCAAGCGAGUCACAAAACACGUGUGCAGGGGGUGUUUUGACAUGAAUGUAAUGGGAGUUAAUGAUCUUAAAUUCCGCAGAUUUCAGUGAUUUAGUCCUCUUGAUAUUGAGGCUUCUCAGUAGCCAGGGUAACGUUGGUCAAGCAAUUGAUAGCGACAUACUUGAUUAAAUGUGAUUUGUUAAUAUAGAAUACGGUACUAUAAGGAUAAUGUGUGUAUUGGUCGUUUUUUAGGGUGAAAGACUGGAAAUACCAACAUUACUGUAUGCUACACUGGAAGGAUAUAGUAGGGUUUACCAUGGGGCUUCAUAAUACUGUAAAUACCAUGAAUGUAAUCACCUGAUAUUUCACCUUCUGGGGUCAUUUAACAAGAUUUCACAUUUCUGCUUUAGUAUAAGGAUACAGUAUUGUAUAGAGAGAUUAGAGUAUUACAGCGCAUUGUUAAAAAAAAAAAGAGGGAAAACUACUGUAUUAAUUGUUUUGCUUACUUGCACAAAAAAGCAGUUUGUGUUCUUUUGCAUGGUUCGCCCCUUUUUCUGUCUGUGCCUUUGGAAGACACAUUUCAACAAAAUGUUGCUAUUGCAUAACAUGUGUUUUAAGUCUGCACCUGGCUUAUUUCAUGACUUGUAAAUAUUGUACAUAAGUAGUGAAGAUUUGUAUUAACGUGCCACUCACUUCUCUUUCUUAGAUGACGAUAUGAAACCUAUUUUAUACUGUUUGGUCAAGGAAGAGUUUGUGAUAUCCUAUUGCUAGUUAAAAGAGCCGUAUGGCGAAUGCUUUGUGAGGCAAAGCUGAUUUAGCAGUUUGGGAAAAUGUUGUUGUAACAAAUGAUUUGGGACUGCAGUGUAAUUUUUGUUAACUUUUUUUUUUUUUUACUUUGUAAUAGUUGCAAUUCAGGCGAUUUUCACUUGAAUAUUCUUUGAUAUGGUCAGCAACUGUCUUCCUAACUUAAAUAAAGAAUAAAGAGCAAUAUAACUUAUUUAUCAUUCAGCCGGCUCCUGUCCUUUCUGGAGCUACAGCAGUGACAUCUGGCCUUGAGUCAUAUGUUGGUGUAUCAUUGCUUAAUAACAGAGGCGGGAAGAUCGGGAGUUUUCCCGGUGGGCCGGUCACUCCGCCCCUGCUUUAUAUGUGUUCAUCGUUGUAUUCUGUGCUUUAUCAAUGUGUUUUUUAUUACUUUUUUAACAUUAAUUUAGAUUUAACAAUUAUUUGUAUUGAUCACUAACGUAAACAUCAAAUAUUUCUUAUCAGGUGACCCUGUCUACUGCUAACUUAAAACUGGAAAUACAUUAUCACUUAUCGAUUGUCUUUUAUAUCUCUAUCCUUUGAAUUCUGUUUGGGAAUUGGCUCUUACAUUGUUUGAGGUUGGCGCCGCCUAGUGGAACUAUUCUGCCCUUCCGCAAAGAUUCAGAGAUCACACGGAAGUGCCACUGAAAGUGUCCCCGACAGUGUCCCUCAGAGCAGAAGCAACAUGCAGAGCAGAAGGAUGACCCAGAGUUUCUACAAUGCCUCUGGUUUUGUCAACGGGACUUGCCACGUCCCACCUGUUGACUCUGAGUAUGCAUUGAACAGUAGCAGUUCGGCAAGUACAAUAGUUGUCCAGUCCAACAAGAAGACAGUGGUAGAGAAUGGCUAUUCUUCAUCAGCACGACCAAAGAGCAGAAGACGGCGAAAAGGCCUUGGAUCCAAGAAAAGGAGCCGACUUUGGCCCCCACCCGUGGAUACGGCCAUCUGGCCGACGCACCACGCAGAGGACGAGGACUGGGAGAAAGACAUCCAGGAGGUUGUGCUGGUAGACUGGGAGAAGAGGACUUUUGGACUACAGCCAUACGGUCCAGAGGACCUGUUAAGUUUUGCUCUGCGUGAUGUAUCACUGCACCCCACGGCCCCCCCCAUAACGGCGGGGUACACCCCAGCGGGGAGCCACCCCCCGCCUAUUUUGUGGAAGUGCUACUCGGGUCCCCUGGAGGAGGGACAGUUCUCAGACGUGGAUGAAUAAGGAAAGAUAGACCAGAUGCACUGUUUACCACCUGCCUUUGAUUAAGCAUGUGCCAAGCUGCUAUAGUUGUGUUUUUAUACGUUCAGAAUUACCACAGUUAUCUUCAGAUUUUAUGUAUUUUAAUUUUGGCUAUUUGAUUUUCAGGCCGGUGGCUUGUUCAUUGUUAAUUUUUCCAUUUGGUUAUUUGGUGUUUUUAAUUUUAACAGAAGGAAAUGUGUUGCUAAUUCCCUUGAGCAAUUUUGUCUUAAGGAGUGUUCAAACCAGUUUUGUUACAUAGUGGUAAUUGUAUAUUUAGAAUGUUUUCUUAAAAGACAUAAGUUAUGUUUGGGGAGUUAAUUAUGUCACAGCAUUUACAGUCAAAAUUAAAACUUUUGUUAGAGAAUAUAUUUAAGAGUGAGUAUGUUAUUGGAACCCUCAAAUUAUAUUUUGUUUUUGCACCAACAAGGCAUAUAUUCAUAUUAAAAGUGAUUGUUGCGCCAUAAUCAGUUUCAUAGUGAGUUGGGUUAAUCAUGUGAUGGCAGGCAGGGUGAUAAAGGGAUCUUCUGAUGUUGCAGAAGCAAAAUAUUAGCUAUCAGACGUAUAGCAUAGAUUGAAAUCUACUUUUCAGUUUGACUUACUCAGUGCAGUCGCUUGCGACCAUGUUUUUAAAAAUAAGACAAUACCAAUAUGCUUUUAUAUGUUUUCAAAAUAUAUCUAUUAUUCCCCGUUUCUGUCGAUUUGAGGAACUAUUUCAGAGGGUGCAAAUUAAGUGCGUUGACCACUAGAUGGUGCAGUAGGUCAAUACUUGCAGGCUACAGUUCAUCAUCGGCGGCGCCAGAUUAUUUACCAACACCUUUGGGAGUUCAAUGGGUUCGUUCGUUCUCAAGGACUCGGGACACGCAUCGACGGCCCGGCGUUGAAAUCAAUUUCCACUCGGGGAGUUUCAUUUAGAGAGCUCCUCUAGAUGAGGCCACUGUCACCCACGAGCCAGAAGCUGAUUAAUGACCUCUAAUAAAGCAAAGGCGUUCGUGUGCACGCACACUGCGUGUCGCUAAUGGACUGACGUCAUGGUGAUCCGUGGUGAGUAUCACAGCUCUGUAGGUGUGAUCAUUCCUUGGAUGAAUUCGAUUAUUGUAGUUUUUUUAUUUAUUUUUUGACGGAAGCCAUUUAGCACCAUGUCAGUCGGGCCUACAUUCACUAGUGCUGCUGUUUAGAGGAAAUGUUGUGAAUGUGCUGAGGAAAUAACUCAAUAGAUUCAGUAGCAAUAUAUUAGCCUAAAGUUAACACUUUCUUGACCCUAACCCUUUCACAGAAUUGUUUGAUUUUAUAUUGUAUCAUUGAAUGCUAUAACAAUUUUUUUAUUUUUAACUUAAGUUUUUCCAUUUGUAUUAUAAUAUUGGGACAAUGAACCUAUUCUGGGGCUGGGCACACAUGAAUCCAGUUAUAGAUCCACAACCAUGAACAUUUUUGAAUUCCUGAAUGAUGGGCCAGCAACCCAAAACGUCAAUCGAGCAAAAUGCUUCAAACU